UUUUUUUGGGGGGGGGGGGGGGAAUCAUCACGCCACAUUUAGAUAGAAGGUAUGAUUUGUUUUCCGAGUAUUCCAACUGUAUUUGCAAGAGAGGUUCAACAACAGAAAUUUUAGGAAGGUCCCUUCGAGGAUGCGAUGCCGUGUGCUUUAUCUCACUUUGGUGUUUAGUUGCCUUGUGACUCAUAUUUUAUGUAUAUGCCCAUAUUUAAAGCUAGGACAAGGUCCUCAAAAUUCACUCUCUUAUUUUUCUGCUCUUUUAGACUACUACUUAUCCGAAAAGCCUCUAAAAUUGAACAAGGUUUUCCAUGCCCAGUUGAUAAAAUUGGGUUUCAAUGUCUGCACCUAUUUGGGUAAUCGUUGUCUCGAUCUAUACUCCAAGUUUGGUGGGAUAAGUGAUGUCUUGAAAGCAUUUGGUGAUAUGAGUAAUAAGAACUCUACGUCCUGGAAUAUCUUCUUAAAAGGGUUGCUCAGAAGUGGUUAUCUUGACAAUGCAAACAUUUGUUUGAUGAAAUGCCUAUGAAGGAUGUGGUCAGCUGGAAUACAAUGAUUUCAGGUUACUCUUCUCAUGGGUUUGGCAAUCGAGCUUUUCAACUUUUCCUUGAGAUGCAAAAUAUUGGCACAAAACCAAGUACAUUCACUUACACCAUCAUGAUGUCACUUUUAUCAAGUCCCUGUCAAGGUAAGCAAAUUCAUGGAAGGUUGAUCAGAUGUAGGAUGGAUUUCUCAAAUUUGGUUCUCGGAAAUUCUUUAAUAAAUAUGUACGGGAAUUUUGGUCUUCUUGAUUAUUCUUUUGGUGUGAUUUUGACCAUGAAGCAGUUGGAUAUUAUCUCUUGGAAUUCUUUGAUCUGGGCCUGCCAUAAUGCAGGUUGCAGGACAUUAAGGAUUGGCAUUAGAGCAGUUCCAUCGUAUGAGAAGCACAGAGUUGUUACCUGAUCAGUUUACAUCUUCAAUAUUGAUCUGUGUGUUCUAAGCUGCAAGAUUUGGAAAAGGAUUGGAGGAUUCUGUCCAGCUUUUUAGAAAACAAUAUCAAUGGGGCUCAGCUCUAUGCAGUUCUAUGAUUUCAAGCUAUGCUAGGCAAGGUUUAGGAGAAGAGGCAUUAGGACUUUUUGUAUUGACUUGGAGGAAGAAUCUUAGGCCAACUGAAUAUAUGGUUAGCUGUCUUCUGAGUUGUUUUUCCAGUGUGUUACAAGUAGAACUGGGUAAUCAAAUCCAUUCAUUGGUUUUGAAAUUGGGUUUUGAGUCAGAUGCAAUAGUUGCCAAUUCACUUGUUGGAAUGUAUGCAAAAUUUGGAUCCAUUUAUGAUGCCUUAAAUAUCUUCAAUGAAAUAAGAAGAGAUUUGAUAUCCUGGAACACCAUAUUAAUGGGUCUAACUUACAAUGGUGAAGUGUCUGCGGCUAUGGACAUUUUCAGUGAAUUAAUUGGGAAAGGUAUGCCACCAGACCGAAUAACUCUUUAUGCAGCUUUAGAGGCAUGCAACUACGGGAGUUUGGUUGAUGAAGGAAUUCAAAUAUUAUCGUCUAUGGAGAAGGAAUUUGGGGUUAAACCAGAGAAGCAGCAUUAUGCUUUUGCUGUGGAGUUGUUUGGUCGUGCUGGUAGAUUGAAGGAAGCUAUUGACAUUAUUAUGGAAACAAUGCCACAUAAAACUGCUCUUGUUUGGAAGUCAAUUCUCUCUACAUGCGCAAUUUCUGAAAACUUAUGAUUUACUGAAAAGGUAGCAAAGAAAAUAAUGGAGAUGGAACCGCAGUCAUCUUUACCUUACUUGAUGUUGGCUCAGGCGUAUCAAAUGGGGGGCAAGUGGGAGACCAUGGUUCGAGUGAGAAAGGCAUUGAACCAUAAAAGUGCCAAGGAGUCCGCAGGAUGCAGCUGGAUUGGGAUAAGAAAUAACGUGUAUUUUUUUUAGGCAAAUAAAUUACUUCAGUGUGGAGGCAAAGAUGUUUAUUUUGUGUUAAAGUUAUUGCAUUGGGAGAUGGAAAAUGAAGGUUAUGCUUGUAAAACAUUUUGAUAAAAGAAAGUAAGAAGGUUAUGCUUGUAAAACAUCUUGAUAAAAGAAAGUAUAAGUUGUUGUAAUUGGCAAUGAAUAUUGAUGGUGGGCCAGAAAAGAGCAAGUACCUAAGACUGUUUGCUACUCAGUAAUGGUUGAGAAAGAGAAGUUGUAAUAUGCCUGACUGGUACGGUUAGGUAAAAUUCCUUGACGUUAUGGUAUGAGGACGUCAUUCGCUGGGAUCUAUACUGAAAAAUCAAGCAUUCAAGUUUUACGCUGUAUGCGAUGCACAAUUUAGUACUCAUGAAUUCAGUAAAAGAUUUUAUAUAUUAAGCCAACCUUUGAUUAGUCUAGUCCCUGUGACUUUGCGAGUUCUGCAGUGGCCUCCUCGUUAUUGGGAAGGUCGAGAACCUUAACAAAAAUUGGCCUUCUCCGCCAAAAGCUCUUCAUCCUUUACAUGUGCUUUAUUUAUAGUGCCAUUUGUUGAAUGGGGCAAUACAUCUCAAGCAUUACGGGGCUGCAAAUCGCCUACAUUUUCUCCUCAGAUCACGAAACCAUCGAAUCCUAGGCACAAUUUGACAUCAAAUCAGCGUGCACAAAAGUGAGAAU